UCGGCGGGAAAGAAAUACUGUUGUGAAAGAACUUGAAAUUCGCCUAAAACUGCUUUAUUCUUACAAAUUUUAUAACCUUUUGCUUGCAAUGAAAGAACGAUAAAUUUGUCAUGAUGUGACAAUGCCUUCUGGUGAUUCAAGGAAAGAUUUCGUCGUUCAAACGACGGCCAAUUAUUUUGGCAUUGCAAGUUCUGAUGCAGCUUUAGCUAAAAUCUUUGACUCGAAGGAGCUAAAUGCUUUCUUGGACGACGGAAAUAGCCCUGUUUUAGCGGCUAAAUAUGAUACACACCAAGGCAAAAAGCUGAUUGAGGUUUACAACCACGUCGAACCGAGYGAUGUAUCGGAAAAAGUCAUUGUGUUCUUCAAACUACAACCCGAAGUGAUCACUCCCGACAACCUUCACCAAAAUGUCUUCGUAUCUUCGAUGCUSGAGUCACCGGUGAAUACUUUGUACCACUCAGUUCAAAAAAUAUUCGCUCCUUUGCUUCUGAAAGACGAGAAAUGGAGUCGAAAUUUUGACCCAAAACUACAAAGUCUACUAAGCGAGCUCGAAGCCGGUCUCGGCAGUGUUGUUAGGAAGCAAGACAAAAAUGCCCCGAGAGGAGGUCUUAACGAGAGCAGAGAUAGUUUAGGAGGGAUUUUAACCCCACAAGAUGAAUUUCAAUACUGGGCUGAUGCUUCUGUGUCUGGUUAUGACUUAUCUGAGCGAGAAAGAGCAGCAUUCUUUCAAGAAUGUUUUCAAAAAGGUUUGUACUGCAGUUUGAAUAAUUGUGUACAUUGGUAG